GAAAGGAGAAAACAUGGAAGUGUUCCUUUUCUAUGUGGACUUUUGUUGGAUGCACUUCGAUAUGAGAGCGAUCAAAUUCAAUAUUGUAAAUAAAUAAUUUCGGCUUACUUCGGGACUUUUCGUCUUGUGACGAAGACAGUUAUAAAAUAUCAAACUAUAUAUGUCUUUAUUUACACUUUUUGUUUUUGUUGGAUUGUGUACAUGCUCACUGACUGGACAUUCUAGCCAAAAAAUAAUAGUUAAAUUUACCAAGUCAAUUAGAAUUAGUUUUUUAAAAAAUGGAGCGAACAAAACCAGGAAUAAUACGUGGAUCUAAAAGUAAAUUAACUCAACCAGUUCCUGGUGAUCAUUUAUUUGUACUUGGUGGAUCAAAAAAUUCAAGAAAUGAUGCUACAGAUUUAAAACGUCCUGGUGUUAUUCAUGGAAAAACUGGUUUAUCAUCAUCUUCAUCAUCAUCAUCAUCAACAACAACAACAGUUACAGAUAGAAAAAAAGAAUGUGGUUCAUCACAAUCAUUAAAUCCUCCACCUAUAAAAAAACCAAAAUUAUCUGGUCCAGUAAGUGCACUACAACGAGCACCAAUGUCAAGUGCUGAAGCAUGGGAAGUUGUUGCAUGUGAUUGUGAACCAUGGGAACUUGUACCAAUGGUACUUGAAGCUAGUGAUAAUGAUGAAGGUGAUAAAGUUAUUGGUAUUAUUUGUGGUGCAAUAAAAAAUUUAAAAACUUAUCGUUGGAAACCAGAUCCAUUAUUAUAUCAUGGUCUUUUGGUACUUGCUAAAAUGCGUCCAUCAAUAUUUUCAAAUGAUUGUAUACUUCAUGCAUUAUCAUCGCUAUUAAAACGUGAUCAAUCAUUUGUAUAUAAAACUAAAAAUCCAAAUAAUCUUGUAUCAGUACUUGCUGCAAAUUUAUUAAUGCAUGGUUAUCAGGAUAAAAAAAAUUGGCCUGAUGUAUUUAUUAAAUUAUAUAUUGAAGAUUCACUUGGUGAUAGAAAUUGGGUUGAUCAUGAUGAAUGUAAAUGUUUUACUGAUAAUAUUAUGACAGCAUUUAAUACAAGACAUCCACCAAAAUCAGCAUUACAAAAUGAUACACCAACAACAUUAGCAUCUUCAUCAUCAUCAUCAGUUGUACCAUCACGUGAUUGUCAUAGUCCAAUUGCAAUGGAAUGUGAUGAUGAUUCUGGUACAUCAAUUAUAGCUGGUUCAAGUGGUGCUGGUGGUAUUGAUAAAUCUGAAUAUAAUAUUAUUCCAAGAUAUUCAAAUAGUAGUGAUAGCAUUGAAUUAAUAAUGAGUGAUACAAUUAAAGAACCAAUGGCUCGUCGUCAACAAGAUACAAUAACUAAAAAUUUUUUAAAAUUAUUAUCAACAACAUGUGGUUUAUCGUAUGUACGUAGUAUUUCAAUAACAAAAUUAGAAUUAUGGCUACAUAAUCCAAAGCUAACAAAACCAGCACAAGAAUUAUUAAUAUAUAUUUGUUAUAAUUCAACAACUCAUACAAUGCGUGAUGUUGAAGUUAUAUCACAUUUAGCUAAAAUGCGUUUUAAUACAAAAAUAUUAUUUACAUUAUAUUUAAAUGGUAUUAAAGAAUUAAUAAAUUUACAUUCAGAAAAUUUAUCAGCAAUGAUGAAACAUACAAUAUAUAAUCAAUUAUCAAAUACAAGAAAUCAAAAUAAUAUGGCAAUGUUAGCUGUUAUAUUUCAAUCAUUACCAGAUGCAUCAGCUAAAAUACUUGCUGAAAUAUUUCAAGAUUUAUUAUUAGGCAACAAAGAAGAUUAUUUACGUGCAUUAAGAGCAUUUUUUCGUGAUAUUGUACGUGUUUGUAAGCAUGAUUUGAAUUUAUUAACAGUUGCUAGAACAUUAAUUGCUGAUAGACCAUUAAUAUACAAUUUAAUAAAUGAGUAUGAUUAUAAAGAACGUUUAUUUUCAUCAAUAAUUGAUUUAUUAUGUUUAUGUAUGCUUCUUGGUAAACCACAAAUAAAAGAUACAUCAAAUCUUGUACAACGUGGUGAUAAAAAAGACACAAAUAUUAUUAAUCAAUUUCAAACACUUGUAUCAACAAUACAAUAUGAAACAACAUCAUGGCUUAAUAAUCCACAAACAAUAACAAUAUAUGGAAUAAAUAAAAUAACAUUACUCCAUGCAUUACAUAAAAUAAUGUUUCUUGAAUCAUCUGAUCAAUAUUAUAAAAUUGAUAAUUGGCCACCAGAAAGUGAACGUAGUAUUUAUAUGCGUAGUGUAUCUGAAGUACCAUUAUUACAAAGUACAUUAUUGCGUAUAUUAAUGAUGGGAUUUCCAAAAGAAAAUGGUAUUGGACAUGGUGAAUUAUUAGAAGUUGCUGAUCAAUUAAUACGUAGAGCAGCACAAAAUGCAACAGAGCUAUUGCCAACAUUAAAAGUUGAUAAAAUUGAAAUGAUUGAAUUGAUAUUUAAUUUAUGUGUUUAUCAACCACCAACAUCAAUAAAUAUACCAUCUGGUUAUGUACCACCAACACUUGCAAUAUCAAAUUUAUAUUGGAAAAGUUGGAUUAUUGUAUUGAUACUUGCUGCACAUAAUCCACUGACAAUUGGUGCUGCUGGAUGGAAAAAAUAUCCAAUAUUACGUACACUUAUGGAAAUGUGUAUAACAAAUCAUUUUUCAUAUCCACCACCAACAAUGGCAUUACCAGAAAUAAUUGAAGCUGAAAGAGCAAAAGAAUUACAAAUUGAAACAUUAGAAAAACAAGAUAUUCUUGAAUAUGAAAGUCAUUUAGCAGCAGCAUCAACAAAAGUACAAAUAUCAGAAACAAAUAGUUUAUUAUUAAGUCAAUUAAUAAAUAUGGAUCCAACUGGUAUUGCAAGACGUCCACCACAAUUAUUACUUGAACAAUUACAAAAUUUAAAUAUAACACUUAGACUUGGUCAUUUAUUAUGUCGUUCACGUGAACCAGAUUUUUUACUUGAUAUUAUACAACGUCAACAACAAAGUUCAUCACAAAGUAUGCCAUGGUUAGCUGAUUUAGUUAAAAAUUCAGAAGGUUCAUUAAAUCAAUUACCAGUACAAUGUUUAUGUGAAUUUUUAUUAUCAACAACAGCACAAGCUGUUGAUAAACAACCAAGACAACAACAACUAUUACAACAUUUACAAAAAUUAUUAACUGAUCCAAAUGAAGAUCAAAAACAUCCAUUUGAAGUAUUGGAAUAUUUUUUACGUAGAUUAAGUUCACAACAAAGUGGUAGUCGUUUACAAGCAAUAACAGGUUUAAAAUUAGUACUUGAUUUAAUACCACUUGUAGAUGAUACUAGUGGUGCUAGUGCUAGUCGUAAAAAUGAUAAUAAAAAUGAUGUUAAUAAUGAUGAGGAUGAUGACGAUGAUGAUGAUGAUAAUAAUAAAGAUAAUAAAUUAAAUAUUAAUAGUAAUAUUGAAUCGGAAAUAUGGUUAAAUAAAAAAUUACCAUCAAUACCACAUUUUACAACAAUUAAAUCAUUAGUAUCAGCAGCACUUAGAAAUGCAUGUCAAGUUGAAAAUAAUCCAGAGUUAGUACGUUCAUAUAUAUCAUAUUUAUCUGUACAUACAAAAAAUGAUGAUUUAUCUGAGUUAACUGAUCUUGUUAAUGAAAUAAGUCAACUUGUUGUUGAACGUAGUACAAUAACAGCAGCAUUAUUACCAGAACCAGAAAAUGAUUGUUUACAAACACGUACAACAUUACAAUAUUUAAAACAAAUUUUUUGUAAUUAUUUAAUAAAAGCACGUUUACCACGUGGUGAAGGUUAUACAUGGUCAGAAAGUCAAGAUCAAAUAUUGGUACAAUGGGAAACUGGUGAAGAAUGUACAAUGCAUAUACUUGUUGUACAUGCUAUGAUUAUAUUGCUAACAUAUGAUGUUACAGAUGAUGAUGAUAAUGGUUUAUCAAAUGAUUUAUUAGAAAUAUGGUUUCCAGAAAAUAAUGAACCACCAAAAGCAUUUUUAGUUGAUACAUCUGAAGAAGCAUUAUUAAUACCAGAUUGGCUUAAAUUACGUAUGAUUAGAAGUAAUGUACCACGUCUUGUUGAUGCUGCAUUACGUGAUUUAAAAUCACAACAAUUAGUUCUAUUUAUACAAUCAUUUGGUAUACCAGUAACAUCAAUGACAAAAUUAUUACAAACACUUGAUCAUGCUGUACAUGUUGAUCGUCCAUCAGUUGAUGGUGCUGUACUUGAUAAAACAUAUAUGGCACAAUUAGUUGAAGUACAACAUCGUAGAGGUGCUACUGGUGGUUUAAUAUUUGUACGUGAAUUAGAAUUAUUAGAACCACCAUUACCAGAUAUAUUACAAAUUAAAAGUGAAAAAUUACAACAACCAAUACCACAAUCAGCAAUGAUUAAAAAACAAUCAGUUAUACAAUGUUCAAUUAAAACAGAUAUACCACAUCUUAUUAAUCGUUUAUUUAUUGAAAAUGUUACAUCAAUACAAAAAACAGAAGCAUUUAAAAGACUACAUAAAACAUUAGCUAAAGAUUUAAAAAAAUUAGAUAAUAUUAAUUGUGCUGUUUAUUUAACAAUACAACAUAUUUGUACAAUAUUAUCAUCAAUGCAAGUUAAACAAUUUUUAUCAUCAAUUAUUAAUUUACCACAAUAUUCAUGUACACUUAUGAGAAUAAUAUUACAUCCAAUAAAAUUAAUAACAUCUACCACCAACAACAACAACAGUAAAAACAAUGAUAAUAAUAAAUAUAAACAAAUUAUUGAUUUAGCACGUUCAAUGUGUCAUAAUUUAAUAAUAUUAAUUGGUGAUAUUAAAGCACCAGUAUUAUCAAUAAUUCAUGAUUUUAUGAAUAUAUUUAUUAUCAAAAAAAAUAACAGUAAUAAUAAUAUUAAUAAUAAUAAUAGUAAUAAUAAUAAUAUUACAUUAUUAUAUAAUAAUAAAAAUAAUAAUAGUAAUACAAAUGAUCCUGGUAUGAUACUUGAAAAUACAGAUUCAAUAAAUUUAGAAAAUAUUGGAAGAAAAUUAUUGGAUACAUGUUUAAAAGAACAAAAAAAUGAUAUAUUAGUUGAAUCAAUGGUUAAAUUAUUAGUAUCAGAUAGUAAUGAUGAUUUAGUUAAACCAAGAACUGGUUUAUUAAUUGAUUGGUUAGCAUCAGUUGAACCAGAGUUAAUUGGUAUAUGUCCAAAUUUACAAAUGAAGUUAUUAUUUGGUAAAACAAUGAUUAAUAUUAAAAUUAAUGAUAAAUUAAUUAAAACACAUGAAUGUCGUCCAUAUUUAUUAACAUUAUUAACACAUCGUGCUAGUUGGACAACAUUAUAUAAAUGUGUGUUACAUUUAUUAUUAAAAUAUGAUGAUAAUUAUGAUCCAACAGCUGUAUUAGAUUUUUUAUGGGCAUUAACAUGUAAUCCAAAACUUUGGCAAGGUAGAGAUAAAUUUACACCAAAACAUUAUUUACCAGAAAAUAUAUUAUUAUUAAGUGAAUCACAAAUAUUAACUGUUAUGAAUUAUUUAGUUGCUGAAGCUGUAAUAAUAUAUGAAACAAAAGGUAAUAAUUUUGCUCUAAGACAAAUGGAACAAAGAUUAGAUUUAAUACAACAUUGUAUUGGUAAUGAUGAAUUAAUAAUAUCAAAAGUUGUUAAAUAUCUUGCUGAUAUUAUGAUGAUUAAUAAAUUUAAUAGUAAUAAUAAUAUUGAUGAUAAUAAAUUAAUAAAUAUAAAAGCUAAUAUGGCACAUAAUUAUUUGCUACAUAUGUAUAUGAAAAUUCCAAAAGUCAUAUGUUAUUUAACACAAUUACAAUCACGUAAAUUUUUAUCAAAUGCAAAUAUUAAUAAUUGGAAUAAUUCUGUACUUGAUUGUUUGAGUCAUGCAUUGUUGACUGGUCUUGCUGCAAUACCACGACAAAAAGCAUGGUCAAUUAAAUCACAAGAUUUUGAAAUAUGUGCUAGAAAAUUAGCAGCAGUACAUCCAAUUUUAGUAUUACGACAAUUAUCAAUGUUACCAUUAUCAUUAAUUGGUAGAUGUCAUUUUAAUUAUAAUGAAUUUAAAUCUGGUAAUCAUUUUAAUGUAUUUACACAAACAAUGGGUUUACUUGAAAUUUUACAACCACAUAUAUUUAAUGAUGAAUAUCGUAAAGCAUUUGAAAAUACAUUGGAUCAUUAUUUACAAUGUUUUUGUCAAUAUGGACGUGUUAAAGAAAAUAAUCAAUUUUUAACACUUAUCAAUAGAUUUGUAACAUUAUUACAAUCAUAUGUAUUACAUAAUGCACAAUAUGCAUUUAAAUAUCUUCAUAAAAAUAUACAUUCACUUAUUGAUAUACAAAAAUUCUUCUCAAAAGUAACAUCAUUACGUAAUUUAAUUUCAAGUAUACCAGGACCAAAAGAAGGUACAAAUGGUGAAAAUAUAUUUUUAAUUGGACAACAAAAAAUUAUAACAAAUGAAUCAAAAUAUCCACAACAUUGGCCAAAUUUAAUAGCAUCACUUGGUAAAUUACAAGGAGAAGAUGUAUAUUUAACACUACAAGAAAUUGAUAAUUUAUCAUCAAGAAAACCAAAUGUUUUAGAAUCUGUUAUUGAUUAUAUAACUGAUUUGCUAAUAUCACCACAAGGUAAUAUUAGAUUACUUGCUCAUUCAUUAAUUGCAAGAGCAAUUAAAUAUAAACCAGUACCAAAUUUAAAUAUACUAGCAGCUUAUCAACGAUGUCUUGAUAGUCAAAGAUCAGAUGUAUUGAUGACUGCAUUGGAUAAAUUACCAGAUGUUAUAGCAUGCAUGCAAGAAUAUGCAUUACCAUUAUUGCAAAAAAUAUUUGAACUUGGUGUUAAUUCAAAUGUCAAUACUAUUCCUUGUAUCCACAAAAGUCUUGCAAUUUUAAAUACACAAAGAGGAUGUUAAAAUAAAUUGGUAAUUAAAAAAAAAAAAAAACAAUUAACAAAUACUUAU